AUGGUUCUCGCCGUUGACCUCCUCAACCCCACUCCCGCGGCCGAGGCCCGCAAGCACAAGCUCAAGACCCUUGUUCCGGGCCCCCGCUCCUUCUUCAUGGACGUCAAGUGCCCCGGCUGCUUCACCAUCACCACCGUCUUCUCGCACGCCCAGACCGUUGUCGUUUGCCAGGGCUGCUCGCAGGUCCUGUGCCAGCCCACCGGUGGCAAGGCCCGUCUUACUGAGGGCUGCUCUUUCAGGAGGAAGUAA